UUACACUGCGUUCCCGCAUUUUUCAAACGCAAUAUUGAUUUUGUUCGAGUUUGUAAAUGUAAACGAAUAUGCCAAUGUUUUAUCGUUAUUAUUAUUAUUCGAAGUGAGACCAUCGUUAUGAAUACGAGAAUAGCUGUGAAGGAGAAUUUCGACGAAGACGACCUGAGCGACGAUGUGGACGACGAGGUAUUCGUUCGAGAUGGCAAAAAGAGUAUACUCAAGAUGGAUAAGCAGAAAGGAGACGAACGACCUCUUAUGCCUCCGAGAAGGAAAUCUAAACAGAAACAAAAUAAUCCCAAUCCGGAAGUUUGUAGUAGACAACCGUGCAAUAUUUACAAUUGCUUGUUACCAGUUUAUUUUGGAAUAGCAACUAUCAUAUCAAUCGCAUUUUUAAUGCUGCUGUAUAUUUUCUUAGUAGAUAAAUUACCCCUUUUAAUGAAUAAAUUCGACAUAUGGACAUCGGAUAGCGUAUCAGAAAUCAUCACCGAACCUUGCCUAAACAUUAAACUGAAUAAAAUAUGGACUCAGCAGAUACCAAAACUAACAUCUCAUUCGCAAAUCAAAUUAAUGGACGUAAAUAAAGAUAACGUCGAAGAUAUAAUUAUAGGAAUUGGGACAGAAUUGGACGAUAUUCAUAAUGGAAACGGAUUAUGUCGCGAAUUCUUCGAAAGCCCAGAACAGCAGUGCUCCGGUGGAGUCGUUGCACUCGAUGGAAAAACAGGAGAUAUCAUUUGGCAUCGUUGGCUACGUCGAUUAGUCUUAUCCGUUCAGUGCGAUUUUGAAAUCACCGGUGAUUUCGUAUCUGAUUGCAUUGUCACUGGAAAAGGAGGGCUUCUAGUAGCAAUAAGUGGAGUAGAUGGAGCGGUCAUUUGGGAACUGGAAACUCCCCCGAAGGAAUACUACAUCGAUUUAUACAAUGUGCUCAUCGUUCACGAUUUAGAUUCGGAUAAUUAUAUGGAUUUGUUAGCCACUCAUACCUCAGGAAACGAUGUUCUACAGAGCCAUUUCAUUAUUGUCAGUGGACGAGAUGGGAAAGCAUUGCAAAAAAUCACCGUCACUCCGAACGAACCUAUUUUACACGCUCCUCAAAUUUUAACCGAUGUCGAUGGAGGUGAAACUGUUCUUUUCAUUACUGGAGAUCCAUACCAUUCCGGAGGCAUUUACAUGAUCCCCAUUUACGAUCUUUUGAAAGGAGAUAUUUCAAGGAUCAAGAAUUUAUUCCAUUACAAAACUGGAAUUUUGGCUCCUCCUGUUCUUGUGGAUAUGAACCUAGAUGGACUUCAUGAUAUGGCCUACGUAGCUGAUAACAAUGUUUAUGUCAUUGAUGGAGCUACUUAUGCGAAAAUAUGGAACACGUCCUUGUAUGAUUAUGUAUCAAGUGCAUUUCAAAUCACUUCAAUCAGUUCGGUAACCCCAGCUUAUUACAACAACGAUUGGAUUCCCGACUUAUUGGUAUCCUUCGCGGUUGGAUCUGAUUACCCAGAGUACUACUUUUCCAUGUCUCUCGUACUAAAUGGUAAAAAUGGCAGCCUUUUACUCAACGACCCCAUAAUCAGAUCCAGUGUUCCGGAUACAGUAGGAGCGAUUACAUUGAGCAACGGUGGACCCGGCCAUGACGCUUUUCUGUACUGGACUGCUGCUUGCCAGGGUCGAGAAAGCGCUAAAGAACCGUUCUCAUUUAUGCCUCAAGAAAACAGAGCUUUCUGGGCUGAUUUAUGUGGUUUAAGGUUCAACUCUACGUUAAAUGUGGAACUUUAUGCUUUGUCUCGGUACAUGGAUCCUCCAGGGAGUCUUCUAUAUACCACAAAAUCUCGCAGCGUAGACACAAUCGAUGGUCCGAAAUUCAACGUGCUGGAUAAUCUAAUGGAAAGAAGUCAAAGAAUCCCCAAAUAUUACAAAGUAAUGCCAUCUCGAGGAGGUAAACCGAUACAAAAUCCCGUUGAUCAGAUGCAGCCAAUGGAUACAGAUAUCCCUGAUGAAAAACCCUACGGCCCCGAGAACGAUAACGAAUGGAGACCACAAAAAACCAAAUAUCAAAAUUAUGACAUGAAUGAAAAUCCCGCUGAUGCGUUAUUGGAUUACGGACUAGACAGAGACGAUGAUCCGAUGAGUGGUCGAAAUGAAAAAGAUUACGGUAGAUAUCGUAGAAGUAUCCAACGACCUCAAAGUGCCAUUAGUACAAUACUACCCAAGGUAUCCUCAAGUGGAAUAAUUGCAAAAUCAUUCGAUGGCAAUAACUUGGAUAUAAUUCUUAUGUAUUACCAAGUAAAAUCCGACGACAAUGUCCAAGUGGUGGUAGGAAAAACCGAAGAAUGUAUUCAAAAUAGUCUAGCUUUAUCCUCCAUUCCAUCGAGUAAAUACCACGGAUUACCUCGAGACCAAUUGAAAGAACAAGUUUUCCGAGACUGUUUGGUCUACACCCCUGCGUACAAAUACCCCAUAAACAAUUCGAAAAAUAAAAUCCUCAGUUUACAAAUGGAACAACUCUACAUUACCAGGCAACGAAUCACCUGCAGCUGCAAAUACGUGAAUAACGAUAACGAUAAAGCUUGUGAUUCAAUUUUACCCUAUGAGAAACAAAGUUACCCAGCGUAUUUGGGAAAACAUGGAAACUCGGCGUACAAAACUAGAGUACCUUUUGAUUAAAUCGUUUUCUAAUUUUUAAUUUACCUGAGUUUUUUUUUAUGGCAAACCCCUUUGCUUUGAGAUGAGUGAUUCUCAUUCUCGAUAAAUAAAUGUCGCUUCCGGAUUGAUGUAUAUUUUUGGGUCGGAAAGGUGAAUGGUUUUUUAUGCAGUCGAGUUUAUGUGUUACUAUCUAUACUCUUUUCAUCAAUUAAGUUCUCUUCUUAUUUGUUUGGCGCAAACGACGCGCAAAUUGAGUUAUAAUGACGUAUGUUAAUUAAUAUAUUUUAAUUACCUACUUAUAUACGAAUAAAAUAUUUUGUUAUAA